UUUCAUUCUUGCUGAACUCUCAAUCUCUGGUGCCAAAGGAUGACUUUCUAAAUAGUGUAAUAAUUGUUUGUUUAGACCUUUAUUUAACUUUCUUUGCUCUCUCCUGAGUGUAAGAAAUGUCCACCUUCAAAGGUACUGUUUCCAGCAGCUUCAACACCCAGAACUUUCCAGUGCCUUAACUUGCUUGUAUUUCUCUGAAUAGCUCUGACUAGUUGAAGAAUUUAUGACGAGCAGGAACAAGAUUAAAUUACACCCACGAUGAGUGUUUUUUGACUCUUGCAGAGGUACAGUGGAUUACAGACAACAUACCUGAAUGAAGACAGUUCUGAAACACAAGCGACAGCACAGGGUGGAUACGAAUUACAAAUCAACAUUUAACCGCUGGAAGGAAAUGUACAAAUAUGCCCCAGAUAUAAAAUGGAAAAUUGGCCGUGAUGAGAGCUCAGCUGUAGCAACAACCACAAGACACUGUCCUCCAGGACCAGGGCUGGAAACCACUGGAUUAUUCUAACAGCUGUCAACAUGGUCUUAAAUAGUUCUAGAAAAAAGGAAGGAGCUGAAAGUACUGGGGUUUAGGAGCGACUGUGUGACCUCCACUGUACAUCAAGGCCUACUGAAGCGUGUCAGGGCUCUGCUGUAAGCAUGGGAUAACCUGUCCUGAAACUGCAGAAAACGCACAGCGUCUUGACUUCAGCCUGAACGCGCUUUUUGGACGGGCAGGAAGCAGCCAUCCCAGCGCGCAGUGAAUGGAGGCCGUCCCGCAGACGAGGGCGGUGAGGCCCGUCGACCCCCCAGACGGGGGCUACGGGUGGUUCGUUCUUCUCUCCACCUUCUUCGUUUUCGGCCUGACGUUUGGAGUCAUCAAGUCCUUUGGGGUGUUCUACGUGGAGAUUCAAAAAUACUUCUCCACCACUGCUACCAGCACCUCAUGGAUCACUUCCGUUGCCGUGGCGACUGUCCACAUUGCCGCUCCCCUGGGCGCGGCGCUGAGCGUGCGCUUCGGGCACCGCGCGGUGGUCACGGCAGGGGGAGCGCUGGCUGCGCUCGGGAUGAUUGCGGGCGCCUUCGCACGGGACCUCGUCCACCUCUACGGGGCCGUGGGCCUCCUCUCAGGUUUUGGAUAUGCCCUCACAUGGACUCCCACCGUGACGAUGCUGGGCAGAUACUUUGAGAGGAGAAGGCCGAUGGCCAAUGGGUUGGCGAGCGCGGGGGAGUGUGUGGUCACCUUUCUCAUCAGCCCUCUCUUCCAGUUCCUGGUGGACUGCUACACCUGGCGCGGGGCGAUUCUGAUUCUGGGAGGGAUCGAGCUCAACCUGUGCGUCUGUGGAGCACUGCUCAGACCAAUCCACCUCCGCCAAGACGAUCCUGAAGAAACAGUGGAGCUUGAAGAGCUGCCGAACAAAACAGAGACCCAACAGAGGUCCAGUCAGAGCAGAGGAACAGGAAGGAUCAUCCAAUACAUAGAUUAUAGGCUGAUAAAGAAUGGGCGCUUCAUGGUCUAUGCAAUGUUCGGUGUCUUUGCAGCCCUGGGCUUUUUUGCUCCAGCUUUGUUUUUGGUGCCCUAUGCUAGAAGCAAAGGGGUAGCUGAAUAUCAAGCAGCCUCGCUCAUGUCGAUAUCGGCCACCUCUGACCUAGCAGGGAGGAUCGGCUGUGGCUGGCUUGCCAACUUGCGCCUUAUAAAGACCAUCAAACUGCUCUUCAUUACAGUCACACUCCUGGGUGUGAUCCUUCUGCUGUGUCCACUGGCUACCUCCUUCUGGCACCUGGUCAUUUUCAGUGUGGCCUAUGGCUUGGCGUUUGGAUCAACUGUGGCCAUCCACAUCACUGUGCUGGCGGACCUUGUAGAUGUGGCUCAGCUGGGAAGUGCCCUGGGCUUCUUCAUGCUCAUUCGCAGCAGUGGUGGACUACUUGGACCCCCCAUUGCCGGGUUUUUUAUUGACAAGAUGAGCAACUACGGGACUGGUUUCUUGAUGGCUGGUGUGGCCCUCAUCAUCUCUGCUCUGUUUCUCCUUGUGCUGCACCAAAUGAACAGGAGGGAAGAAAUAUCUAAACCAGUGUCGCCAGGGCGAGAUGACAAGGCCAGGUGAAUCAUCUAUCAAGGGCUGGAGGUACUUUUGGAAAUCACCUACAUUUUGCUGCUAGGGAGCUGCUCAUCAAAGAACACAGCUCCCAUUCUUUGAAUCUGCCAAUGUAUCACCAGGUUGGGGAAACUGUGAACAUCUGUUACUCUGUAAAUCCACAAACUGGCACCACUGAUCAGGAAACCUCCACUUUACAGUGCCUGCAUUCCACAUAGAACAAUACUGUUUUUUUGUCGAAAAGUACAUAGACAUGGAACAAUGCCUGAAAUCAUUUUGGGAAUACCACAGCUCAAUUAAAGCUUGUUCCAUGAAUGCUGUAUUUAGGUUUUUCCAUAAAGUGCCCAGUACUUUUCAUUAAAAUUCCUAACUAGCAA